GAUGAUAGGUAACCAGGUGCCACCAAUUCGGUACAACUGGCAGUAUUUAAUAUGACAGGCUAUUCCAGCUGGCAUCAUAUAAAUAAUUUUGAUAGCUUGAACUUCUCACUUACACAAACCCAGCUCACCCAAACAACUUAUAUAGUAUUCACAACACGGGCUGUGAGAGUGCUCUUACCAAAUCGACAUUCUAGAGGUUCAGUAUGAAUUAGAAUAAAUGAGUCCUUCAUUAACAAUAAGAUGCGCCGGCCGGACAAUACCGCGCCUGCUCCCGGGGUCUCAGGCAUUCCGUCUUAGACCUCUACAACAAGCUUCACCGAGGGGCUGGCCGUUAAGCAAGACCCCUUAUUUUCCAUACGGCCGCCGCUUCUCAAGUCUUCCACCAGGCCAGAGCAACGAAACUCAGGUACCACCAACAGGCGAGCCGCAAACAGCGCAACAACAACAACAACAACAACCCCCAAAACAGCGCCCAUCAUGGCGCACAUGGGUCCUCUUCAACCUAGCCGGCCUCAGCGGCGUAUUCGUCGUCGCAGUCGUGCUCAAGAGCAUAAACUCCCAAGACGGCGCUAAAAACGCCCCUCUAAACACCACGUCUUUCAGCCCCUUCACCAUCACCGCCAAAGAGCAGGUCUCGCCUACGGCUUUCGUGCUCAGCGUUCGCGCCGAGCGGCAGAAACCAGGGCGGGAUGGAGAGGGCGCCUCGUUGCUGCUGCUACGGCGGUCUUGGGACCAUGGGCUCUGGUCCGUGGAGAUCAAGCAGCCGCAGUUGCAGAUUGCGCGGCGUUAUACGCCUUUGCCUCCUCUGGAGGAGGAGAGGGAGGAGGCUGUUGGUAGUGGAGAUGGCGAUGGAGAAGGGGAGGAGCUAAGGUUUCUGAUCCGCAAGGUCGACGGCGGCGAGAUGUCGACGUACCUGUCGAAGCUACAUGUAGGCGAGAAGAUAUGGCUGCGGGGCCCGCACCUCGGGUUCGAUGUCGCGCGGCGGCUGGGCGAUGCUGGCAGACACAUCGUGUUUCUCGCCGGGGGCACGGGGAUAGCCCCCGCGUUGCAGGUUGCGCGGCGGGUGUUAGAGGAUCACGGCUCAGGCGCUGAUAUAAGUGGACAGAAAAAGGGGGAGAAGCCUACCGUCUCGAUCCUAUGGGCGAAUCGAUACGCUGCCGACGCGCUGGGACGACAGCAGCAACGGCACCCUCAAGGCUCUAGUACCAGCAGCGUACGAUCACCAUCAACCUGGUUCUGGCACAGCACAACCCAAACCCCAGCACCGUCUCCUACAACUGAUCAGCACACCUUUCAAACAACCGCAGAACCAACCCUCGCACACCAGAUCCGCGAGCUACAGCUCAAACACCCCGGCCACUUCCGCAUCUCGUACUUCGUCGACGAGGAAAGACAUUUCAUCGAAGAACAAGAUCUCCACCUUGUCCUAACAGACUUGUCGUCGUCGUCGUCGUCGUCGUCGUCAUCAUCAACCCCUGUGCUCCCUGCCUCUCCCUCGUGUACAUGGCACUCCCCAGCCCAGCUCGUAGCACUUCCCGACGACAACGACGCGGGACGACGGGCUUCGCCGUGUGCCUGUCUGCGGGACAACCCGUCCCCUGCACCUGCGCAGGCUGGGACAGGCGCGGAUCUGAUCUGCGUGUCUGGACCGGAUGGCUUUGUGGCGGCGUAUGCAGGGCCCAAACGCUGGUUUGGGGGGACUGAGAGGCAGGGCCCGGUGCGUGGGGUGCUGGGGCAGGUGAUGCAGGACGGGGGCGGUAAGACGGGGAGGUUGGGGCAGAACUGGCUUGUUCUUAAGUUAUAGGUAUGAGAUUAGAGGGAAAGGGAGGAAGGAGGGAUUGCUGUGAGCUGAGAGCAGGCUGGGUUUAGAGAAUGCUGUAGGUAGUUACAGCAUUGCCUACGAGGGGAUUGUAUGUAAUAUAUGGGGGUUAUACGAUGGGUUACUUGGUCCAAAUAGGAUACAGAACGUAUACAAGAUACGCCUGGGUUUAUAAACGGAUGAUUAUCAAAAGCGUAGUUAAAGUAUAUAAUGUAGCGUGUGAACUCCAGACUCCAAC